AAAGUAAGAUAAUCUCACUUCUCAAUCUCUAAGAUUCUAUGUUGUAAAUGAACUCUCUUUCUUUCUGUUGCUGCAUAUUAUGUGCUUCCCUGAAAAUUCAAUUCCACUUCCAUACAAAUCACUGAUUCAUAGGGGUUUCUAAAGUUCCCUUAGAUCUAGCUUGUUCAAUUCCACUUCAGUAUGUUGUUCUGGUUUGUUGGGGUUUCCAUAAUAGCAAACAAAAUGCUUCCUUUCUCAUUUUUCACCUAUAAUUUUGAUUGAUACAAAAAGGGGUGAAUUCCUUCAUAUUUUAUGCCAUGGUGGAUCCUCAUUUCAAGUCCAAUUUCACCAACAGUGGUAAAUUGAACCAAGUUCCCAAUACACUCCACAUGGAGGAUCAUAGCUCUGGAUUCAUGGACAAUCCAUUUCUUCUUCCACCUGUUCCAAACAAUGCUCAAAACCAUGCUUCCCUGUCCACCAUUGCUACAUAUGAUGAGGACUCUCCCUUGGAUGACACUGAUUUCUCUGCUACUGUCUUGCAUUAUAUAAACCAAAUGCUUAUGGAAGAGGACAUGGAGAAGAAGACCUGUAUGUUCCAUGAUUCUUUGGCCCUCCAAGCUGCUGAGAAAUCUUUCUCUGAGGUCAUUGGUGAGACAUACCCUUCUUCUUCCAUCCAAAACUAUCACAAUGUGGAGAGCCCUGAUGACAGUCUCAACAGUAAUUUCAGUGGUUAUACUUAUAGCAGCAGUGGCACAGCUAGUACUAGCAGCUCAAUUGAGUCCAACUGGGGUAAUGUUGAUCUUGCUGAGUACAAGCCUUCUAUACUGCAAACCGCUUUUCCUCCUGACUUUGUUUUCCAUGCCAGUUCAACCUCUAACUCCCAAUCUUAUAUGAACAGCACUAGUAGUUUCGGUGCAACAGAUAGUGGAUUCGUGGCAAGUUCCAGGGCUGGAUUUUCAGAUCAAACAUUGCUUUGCAAGAGUGAUUCUGUGCUUCAAUUUGAGAGAGGUUUUGAGGAAGCCAGUAAGUUUCUUCCUAAAACGAAUCCAUUAGUUAUUGAUUUUGAGAACAGGUCACAUGGCUAUAUCCCUUCGAUUAGAAAGGUUCCUCAGCAGGAGGUAAUUAAGAUUGAGGCGGAUGAAAAUAAGCAUUUUUCCGCUGAGCCGAGAGGAAGGAAGAAUCAUGAGAGGGAGGAUGAAACAGAUUUACAAGAUGGGAGAAGCAACAAGCAGUCAGCUGUUUACACCGAUGACAGUGAGCUAUCAGAAUUAUUUGAUAAGGUACUGCUGGGCGUGCCGUGUGGAAAUCAGGAAGCUCCUUCGUGUAUCCUCAAGGAAGAGCAGCCUAAUGGACCUGACAUUAGCAUGGGGAAGAAAGAAGAAACAAACAAGUCUGGUGGUGGAAAGAGCCGUGCUAAGAAACAAGGAGACAAGAAGGGAGUUGUGGAUCUGAGGUCACUAUUGAUUCUAUGUGCACAAGCUGUUUCUUCUGAUGAUCGAGCGACUGCCAGUGAUUCGCUAAAGCAGAUAAGGCAACACUCAUCCCUGUUGGGAGAUGGAUCUCAGAGGCUGGCACAUUGCUUUGCAGAUGCCCUCGAAGCACGGAUGGCCGGCAUUGGCGCACAGACUUAUACUGCUUUAUCUUCCAAAAGAACCUCCGCUGCAGACAUGGUGAAAGCUUACCAAAUGUAUAUUUCAGCCUGCCCAUUCAAGAAGCUUGCAAUCAUUUUUGCAAACCAUACAAUUUUGAACCUAGCUAAGGAAGUUGAAACUCUUCACAUUGUAGAUUUUGGCAUCCGGUAUGGCUUCCAGUGGCCAGCCCUUAUUUAUCGUUUAUCAAAACGACCUUGCGGUCCGCCCAAGCUGCGCAUCACAGGGGUUGAGCUCCCACAGCCUGGUUUCAGGCCAGCAGAGAGAGUCCAGGAGACAGGGCUUCGCCUGGCAAGGUAUUGUGAUCGCUUCAAUGUUCCAUUUGAGUUCAAUGCUAUUGCACAGAAAUGGGAAACCAUCAAACUUGAGGACUUGAAGAUAAAGAAAAAUGAACUUCUUGCAGUGAAUUGUAUGUGCAGAUUCAAAAAUCUACUUGAUGAGACAGUUGUUUUGAAUAGCCCUAGGGAUGCAGUUUUAAACUUGAUUAGGAAGGCAAAUCCCACUAUCUUUAUGCAGGCUAGUCUCAACGGGAGCUAUACUGCCCCAUUCUUCGUGACACGGUUCCGGGAGGCUCUUUUCCAUUACUCUACAUUGUUUGAUGUGCUUGACACCAAUGUUGCUCGUGAAGAUCGAAUGAGGUUGAUGUUUGAGAAAGAGUUCUUUGGGAGGGAAGUGAUGAAUAUUAUAGCUUGUGAGGGUUCUGAGAGGGUUGAGAGGCCUGAGACAUACAAGUUAUGGAUGGUUAGGAAUACGAGGGCUGGUUUCAGGCAACUUCCCUUGGAUAAACAUCUCAUUAACAAGUUAAGGUCCAAGUUGAAAGAUGCGUACCACAGUGAUUUCAUGCUUGUUGAAGAUGGCAACUUCAUGUUGCAAGGUUGGAAAGGCCGUAUAAUAUAUGCUUCCUCUUGUUGGGUACCUGCAUAGUCCUUCAGAAUCUUCUCCGCAGGUGGUUAAAAGAAGCGUUUUGUGAGUUUAUGGGAGGGACAUGGUUCACUUAGGAAUCUGGCAAACAUAACUUGGAGUUCCCCUAAGUCUUAUGCCUGGCAUAUUCUUGAAGCUUACCCUACCAAUAGAAUGCCAUAUGUUUGGAUUGGUGGUGACAUAAUCUAAAGCACGGUGAUUCUAGUUUCUCCUCAGAAGUGAUUAUGGAGAUUCCCACCGCAGAACUAAACAUGCCAUUUCUGAACUCAGAGAAUACUGUUACUUACUGAAGUGUGGAUGCUAUGUGAGUGACAUAAUUAAAUGCAUGUUAGUUGAAUUCCUCCUUAUUGUGUUAGGCAGUAAUAAGUAGCAGAAUCUUAUGUAGUGAGAUAUUAGGGUCUCAAAACUGAGCUACCAUGGCAUGACAUACAUCAUAGGAAGUAAGAUGCUUUGAUUUCAUGAGAAUGGUCAAAGUGUGAAUGAAACCCAUGGCAAAAGCUGUAGAUGAUUUUGCAUAAGCUAUGAGAUGGCUUUGGAUUUGUUCUUUCUCUGUACAUAUCUAGUAAAUGAUAUUAUUCUCUUUGGUCAUUUUGCAAAAUGCCAGUUUGGCUGCCCCCUCAUGUUUGUGUUUGGUUUAACUUUUAUAACUGCACAUGUGCUAUUUUUUACACAUAGGCGAAGGUGUAUCCAUCAAAUGCAAUCACUGCUCCAACUCAUGAGCUAAACCUGCCAUGCAAUCAGCUUCCUAGUUUUAUUCUCUUGGGAUAUGAAAGCACUAGGCAAAUGCCAAUCUUUGUCAAUCAAUGCUUUGGUCUGUGCAACCAUGGAUACAAAAGGAUGUUCAAUUGUAAUUUUGAUCUCUUAUCUGUGGCAAUUGUGCGAUUUAGUUUAAUCAUCUUUGAAGUGAACAA